AUGAGUUUUAGCAACCUCAAUGUUUGGUUAAAGAAGGAGGAAACGGAAGGAGUUGCUCCGCCCUCUUGUGGUGCUAUCAAUGAUGAGUCCCUGAUGAGAAACGGAACAACCAACAAUACAGUACUGAUUCCGUCUUUUUUGCAAGAAGCCUUACCAUCUUCAAACAGGACUGAGACCGAACCAGCCAUUGCUUCAAGCGGAACGAGUACGGAAGAGAAAGCAUACUCCGAGAACAACGCUGAGAGCGUGUCAUCGACAAACCCUCAAAUUCCUGCCAUAGAAGUACCGACAAACUUCAAUCCUAUGCGAGUACCAAGUCAAAUGAACGAGAUGAUCGUAAACUCAUUACAUUCCUUAGAUUUGGACAGUCAGAAUUCCAUUACCUUAGAAAACGAGAUUUAUGUCCCCCUUCAGUACGCUAAACAAAAGGUACAACAAUAUAUCCAACUUUUAGAGGAAAUGAAAACAAAGCAUGUCGGGGGAAAACAAUACAACGAGACUGAAUCAAAUCACGUUUCUCAAUUGGAGUCGGUUGUCAGGGAGUUUCAAACGAAAUAUUCUACGCUCAACGAUCAACAAAUCAUAGUUGCAACAAAAGAUGAUCCGGUCCAAACCUCAAACUCGGAGCAAGAAAGCCAUUGUGAAAAAUGUAACGAUAUUCUUAAAGACAAAAUCGCAAUGCUGAUCACGUUCAACGAGGAAUUUUUGCUGUUGGAGAAAAUAAGAGAAAACGAAGUGGAUAGCCUGAUCAAGAAAAUUGAGUUCAAUAAGAACCAAUACAAAACCAACCUAGAACGCGUGGAAAAGGAGGUGAACAAAUUGUUGCAACAAUUAGAAACCAAGCACAGAGAGGAACUGGCUGAAGUACUGAAAGUUGUUUCAGAACGCGCUGAUAACUCUUCUGAUCUUGAAAAAGAAAAUCACAAGUUAACAAUAUUGAUUAAGCAGCUUGAAUCAGAAAAGCUUAAACUUGUAGACAGCCACAAGAAGCAAGAGAACAUCCUUAACACACAAGUCAAGGAUCUAUCUCAAAAAAUGGCCAUAAUUGAAACAGUGGUUCAGGAAAAAACACACUUGCUUGAAAAAAACGAGAAAGAUGUUAAAUUGUGGAAGGAUAGAAACGACAUUUUAGAAAAGGAAAUUGAAAGAUUAUCCAUAGCAGUCAAAGACUCGCAAGAAGCAUCUCUUUGGAAAGAAAAGUUCGAGCAAGCCACACGAGAGAUCGUACAUAAAGAACGAGUCGAAAAGGAUCUAAUGAAGAAUAUCAACAUUUUAGAAGAGGCCUUACGGGUAAAAGAGGAUACCACCAAAGAGAUUGAGGACAAGUUGCAUACUGUCCAACAUCUUCUGUCAAAGGUGGAGAUGGAGUCCAGCAAAGAUAAAGCAGAAUUACAGACUCUCAAAGAAGAAAGAGAAAACAUGUUGAAUCAACAUGCACCAUUAGAACAAGAAAAACAACGAUUGACUUUGUUAUUAGAACAGGCUACAAAAGAAAUUGAGGAUCUUAAAACACAUAAACAUUUAGAAUUAGACAGAAUCAAAAAUAUUAUCAAGGAACAAUACGAGAAGAUUGAAUUGCUGGAGCAAGAAAAUCAUGAUUUGAUCAUAAAAAGAGCUUUAGAUGCGCCUCCAGAUGUAGAACUAGAUAAAUACAAGAGGUUACUAUCAAAGUACAAAUCAUCAAGCAAAAAGUAUAAGGAUGCAUUGUCUGAGCUUCAGGAUCGUUAUGAGACGUUAAUGAAACAACACACAGCGUUGAAGGAUGAAAGUAAUCUAAUUACAACAGCUCUUGAGGAGAGUAAGAUGCAACAAACUCAGUCCAUGGCUCACCUCGAAGAAAAAGAUCACCAUAUCGAAUCACUAUUGCAAAAGAUUGAGAUUUUGGAGGAUGAGAUUUCUUUAUGUAAGAACACUGACCCAGAAAGAAGACACGAACUGUUCAAGGAGUUAGAGAAAAAACUACAACAGGCUGUUUCCGAAAAGAUGCAAGCCAUCAAACACAACGACGACCUUAAAUAUGAGAUUGUUGUAGCAAAGCAAGAACUUGACCAAGAGAAAAGACAAGUGGCAGACAUGAAGAAAGCUCUUCAACAGCAUGAACAACUCUCACAUAAAGCUAGUAUCUUGGAACUGGUGAACGCUGAACUGAAAAAGAAUUCCGAGAUGGACAAUAGAAAAGUACGGUUAGACUAUGAAGCCAAAAUCAAAGCGCAGGCAGAAAGGUAUAAACAGCUGAAAGAAGAACACGAUAGAUCAUGCGCCUUUAAUGAAAAACUGUUUGAACAAAUUAAUGCUACUAGAACCAAUAUUCAGAGCGUUGCUAGCUCCGUGGAAACAGUGAUCCAAGCACUCAGCUCAACCCAAAAAGAUGAGAAUGACCUUCAAAAGUUAGCGCAACAACUGCAGGAACAACGAGGAAUGUGUGGACAGAUCGAAAAAAGGAUUGUGCAUAUUCAAACAGAUCAAAAGAGUUUAGGAAUUGCUCAAAUGAAACAAAAGCUGAGAUUUAUUGCAAGAUGUAAACCAUCCAAUGGCUCUGCGUCUGCAGGGCUUGUACAUAUACAAGGAAGAAACAUCUUAUCUCUAGGUAACAAGAAUUAUGAAUUUGACUCUAUUCGAGAUGACAGCCAAACAGAAGUUUUCAAUGAAAUUAGAGAUGCGGUCAGAAGCAGUAUGGAAGGCGACGAUAUUUGUAUUUUAGCUACUGGCCCUAAUACCUGUGGGAAAACAUAUACAUUGUAUGGAACAUCGAAGGAGAAGGGUCUUCUUCCUCAAACUCUUGACUUCAUCUUCAAUGAAGCAGACAAUUCCAGAACAAUCUACACCACAACAGUCAUUUGUGAAGUGUCAGAGCUAGGUGAUGAUCUUCAGGUAACCACAAAAGAUUUUACGGUCCUCAAGAAUGCUUCAACGAUGGACUUGGUUCUCUCAAGCGUUGAGCACGAAAAGAAGAGAGAUGAGUCACAUUUAAUCGUUACUCUCAUGAUUGACAGAGUGUUCAAGGUUACAGGUGAAAGGCUUUCCAGCAAAAUUGUUUUUGUUGAAAUUUCUGCUACAAAAACGUUGGUAGAUUUACUUACCAUUCAACAUACAUCUAAACCACAUUCUCUUAUUACUUUAUUGAGAAGUUCUAGAAAGGCGUUUGUUUUUACCUGUAUUUGUGAUGAAAGAUCAAUGGAAAAAGAAAUUUCCAGCGUUCUAGACUGUACUUCUGAGAUUAGAAACCAAUAA